AUGUUCCUUCAACCGGGUCUCGAGGUGUCGCUUGAUGUGACUGUCGUUAGGGACAAUGGUAUGCUUAUAACAAACGGGUAUAGGAAACCGACAUUUUCGGGACGAUACAUGAACUACUUCUCUAAUCAUCCAUCUCAACAUAAGAUCAGUGUUGUAAAGAGUUUGGUUGACAGAGCUGUUCUGUUGUCGGACUCUCGGUUUCAUACCGCUAACUUGAGUUUGCUAGAUGACAUUGUAAAACUUGGUAAGGAUAGACUGGAUAGCAAAUUGUUAAGCGGUGUAGUAUAUAAGAUCGAUUGCAAUAAUUGCAGCGCGUGCUAUAUUGGCCAAACCAAGCGACACCUCGAGACCCGGUUGAAGGAACAUAUGGCGAAUGUUAAGAAAGAUGUUGAUUACUACUCUGUUAUCAGUAAGCACAGGGUGGACUAUGGCCAUGAGUUCGAUUGGUCAGGUGUGGACGUGUUGCACCGUGAAAAUAAUACUAAAAAGCGAGAGUUGGCCGAAAUGUUUUUUAUCAAACGUCAUGAAUAUACCAUCAACUCGCAGAAGGACACCGAGAACUGGCCUAGUACAUGGCAUCCUGUUGAAAUAAACCAUCAGAUGGGUUAUUUCAACAAAAACAACCCUUCUGUGGCUGUUGAAGCUGCUGUGUGUAGGGAUUCCACUCUGAUGGCUUGGUUCAAGCUGAAUCAAUCCGACAUCAGUGCCAGGCGGUACAGCUACACCGAAAUACCGGAGCAUUACGUCUUCAACCGGACAGAUGACUGGGAGGCGACGUCGUUUGAAGAUCUGCGAACCUUUGACGGCGUAACAUGCGAUUCUUUCAAAGAAACAACAAAGCGCAGAGACUUGGUCCAGGACGAUUCGGUUUGGGAAAACACUCUGACGGAUGCAGUUGCUCUGAGCAUGCCGUAUCAGUUUCGGCAGCUCUUUGCCUACAUCUGCGUCAUGGGAAGUCCUGUAGAUCCAGUUAAGCUAUGGGUAACGUUCCUCGACUCAUUCGUCGAAGACUUCAGCAAGCGCCAUGGUGAUCAUUCGGACGACUGCCAGAAUUGCGAAAAUCUGGCUUUGCGAGAGGUUCAAGAAAUAUAUAUUUUGCACGGCAAGAAGUGUCAGGAUUUCGGACUCCGCAACCCACCGACAAACAUGCUAGACAGUUUCCAUGACCUGUUCAUUCAGCGAGAUGAAGAGACGGAGGGUGAACGUCUUAUGUCUACGCUGAAUCCGGAACAGAAGCACGCGUUUGACUCGGUCAUGGCUGCGGUUUACACAGACUCCUCUCCGGGUAAUUGUUUCUAUCUUGAUGGCCCAAGUGGCAGUGGGAAAACCCAUCUGUACAAAACUCUGCUAAGCGUGGUGCGAGGAAAGGGCGACACGGUGCUGCCAGUUGCUUCUACCGGAAUCGCCGUUACCCUUCUGAAAGGUGGGCGAACGUAUCAUUCACAGUUUAAGUUACCGAUCCCAUUGGUCGAAACAUUCACGUCCAACAUGCGUCUGAUUUCGAUUGAUGCAACACUCAUCAAGGAAGCGCAGCUGAUAAUAUGGGACGAAGCAACUAUGGCACCGUGUCACGCUUUGAAUACUGUUGACAAAUUGCUGAAGGACAUCAUGGGUAACCAGCGACCCUUCGGUGACAAAGUGGUUCUGCUUGGUGGCGACUUCCGGCAGUGUUUGCUCGUGGUGCCUCAUGAUCCCCUGUUCAGCCAUUGGUUAAUUCAGUUAGGUAACGGCGAACUAACCAAUUCUUUCGGCCUAGACAGAGAUGUCAUCGAAAUUCCUUCAAAUUUACUUGCCUCAGACUCUAUUGUAACGGACAUUUUCGGAGACAAACUCACCCCCAGCACAGUUUCAACUUUUUCCAACAGAGCUAUCCUUCGUCCCCGAAACGAAGACGCGAAUGCCAUCAACAAACAAGUUUUCCCCAUUUUAGAAGGAGAAGCCCACUGCUACCUGAGCACAGACUCCGUUGAUUGCGACGAUGAACAGGAAAGGAACAAUUACCCGGUCGAAUUUUUGAACAGCCUCACGCCGCUUGAAAUGCCACCCCACAAGCUAAAUUUUAAAGUUGGUGCCAUUAUUAUAUUGCUGCGUAAUCUGAACACCAAGCGUGGCCUCUGUAAUGGCACCCGGUUUGUCGUUCAGUAUCUAAAGAACCUGAUCAUCGCGGAAGUGAUAACUGGUUCGUAA